CAAGCCUCUUUCGAAGCAUACAAUAAAGCAGAGGAUACGGAGAUCGUCCCGCUUGAGAAACAAUCACAGCCGAUAGGACUGCAUACUGGCGCUGAGGAUGUAGCGAUCGUCGCGGCGACGACAGCAAAGGAUGAUGUACAAUGGAUUUAUGAAUUCUGCGAAGAAGGAAGGGCUCGAAACCCCCAUUUUUACCAAGGGCACGAAGCGAGUGCCUAUCUUGCCUACCUCUACGACCAUUAUAACGACCUUCACCCUUAUACGAUCUUCAUUCACGGCAGGGAGGAUCAAUGGCAUAACGAUAUUGCGGGACCUCGAACGUAUAAUGUGCUUCAAAAUUUACGGUAUGAAGCAGUUGAGGCUAAUGGUUAUGUGAAUCUGCGAUGUUCAACGACCCCUGGCUGUCCAAGUACGCUAUACCAAAAGGACCCGAAAGACCACGAUCGACAAUAUCAGUACUUGUUAGACCAGCUUCCCGAGAUUCUUCACUAUCUCUUAGGAAUAGAUCCAGUGGACUUUCCCGAAAAUAUUGGGCAUCAGUGUUGUGCACAGUUUGCUGUGACCAGAGCAAAGAUUAGGCAGAGAUCCCGAGCAGACUAUCGAAAGAUUAUGAUUUGGACUGGAACCACCGACAUGACGGAUAACUAUGGAAUUGGUUGGUUGACCGAGAAGAUAUGGCAUAUGAUGUUUGGAAUGCCUCCAGAAUUGUAG